GUCUGUGCCACACAGGGCUUGGGGUCUCUGGUAAGCUCCCUGCGCUGAGGAAGGGGAGGGAAGAAGACCUGCUCUCCUUGGGACCCGCUACUCACAUCUCCAUCGGGAGCCUUGAAUGUCAUGUCUGCUUCAGCUAUCAGCAACAUGGAGUGCUGAAACCCAUGUGGCUCCUCACAGUGAACCAGGUGUUGAGGAAAAUGCAGAGACGGCACAGUAGCAACACAGACAGCAUUCCUCCUGAAAGAGGCCGCAGCCAGCCGCUCAGCCCCGAGGCCAGUGUGGAUGAGGGCGGUGUGUUCCAGGGCCUGAAGGCAGAGCCGGCCUCCCCGCCCACCCUCUUCUCUGGCCUGGCCGGUGGUGGCCUCCCCACUGGUCCCUUCCCAGCCGGCCUGGUGCUGGGCUCCGCAGCCGGUGGUGGAGACGUGUUCAUCCCAAUGCCUGCGCCCCGGGACCGGGAGGACGGGGGCGGCCGGGCAGGCGAGGGCGGCCCCUUCCACCACCGCCAGCCCCACCACCACUUCCACCACGGGCACCGCAGCUCCCUGCUGCAGCACGUGGGGGACCCCCGGGGACACGGCGAGGAGGGGGCCGACGAGCAGCCGGGCACGCCUGCCCCUGCGCUGUCCGAGCUGAAGGCCGUGGUGUGCUGGCUGCAGAAGGGCCUGCCCUUCAUCCUCAUUCUGCUGGCCAAGCUGUGCUUCCAGCAUAAGCUCGGCAUCGCCGUGUGCAUUGGGAUGGCCAGCACCUUCGCCUAUGCCAACUCCACACUCCGGGAGCAGGUCUCGCUGAAGGAGAAGAGGUCUGUGCUGGUCAUCAUGUGGAUAGUGGCCUUUCUGGCAGGGAACACUCUAUAUGUGCUCUACACAUUCAGCUCCCAGCAGCUGUACAAUAGCCUCAUCUUCCUGAAGCCCAACCUGGAGACCCUGGACUUCUUCGACCUGCUGUGGAUCGUGGGAAUCGCAGACUUUGUGCUCAAGUAUCUCACCAUCACCCUCAAGUGCCUUGUGGUGGCCCUGCCCAAGAUCAUCCUGGCUGUCAAGUCCAAGGGGAAGUUCUAUCUGGUCAUUGAAGAGCUGAGCCAGCUGUUUCGCUCGCUGGUCCCCAUCCAGCUGUGGUACAAGUAUAUCAUGGGCGAUGACUCCUCCAACAGCUACUUCCUGGGAGGUGUCCUGAUCGUCCUCUAUAGUCUCUGCAAGUCCUUUGACAUCUGUGGCCGUGUGGGCGGAGUGAGGAAGGCACUGAAGCUGCUGUGCUCCUCCCAGAACUACGGAGUCCGAGCCACCGGGCAGCAGUGCACGGAAGCCGGGGACAUCUGCGCCAUCUGCCAGGCCGAGUUCCGCGAGCCUCUGAUUCUCCUGUGUCAGCACGUGUUCUGUGAAGAGUGCCUGUGCCUGUGGCUGGACCGUGAGCGCACCUGCCCGCUCUGCCGCUCCGUGGCUGUGGACACGCUUCGCUGCUGGAAAGACGGGGCCACAUCAGCACACUUCCAAGUAUACUAGGGCUGAUGAGCCAGAGUCCUCCUGUCCUGCCUCUAGCCUCGCACCCACCCCACCCUUCAGGCCCCCUGACCUCCUGGCCUCUGCCUGCUUCUCUCUGGAUCUAUAGCACAAUGAUGUCCUCAGCACACACCCAGGUAGGUCCCCCUCCCCCCCAAGUGUGGACUUCUCACCUAAGUGCUAGUACCUAGUACCUAGGUACUGGCGCUAUAAGAUAUUCAAGGUGUGACCUGGAGAUUGCCCUUCCCAGCCCCAGCCAGCAGCUGACAGUGACUGCCAUGCACCCCCACAUACAAACACUGGACCCCAGGGUCCAGCUAGGAUAAUGCAGAUGCCAAGGCCCAGUGUGCCAGGCCGGCAUCCAGCGUUGUGCCUGGAGGAUUUGCAGCUGUUCUCACCACAGCCCUGCAGAGGAGAUGUCCGGGUCCUCCCAUUCCACAAGGGAGGAAACUGAGGCACUGAAUUUGGUGUGGCAACUCUCUGAGAGUCCCUCCCCCCCACCAGCUGGCAGGGUGGACUGAGUUUCCCACUCGGCUUCAUGCGGCCAGCAGGCCUGGCUUAUUCAGAGUGCUGGCAGCUCACACCUACCAUCCUAGAGACUCCAGAGGCUGAGA